AUGGCGGGGCUUUUUAAGAGACUCUAUGAUUACCUGCUGAGGUUAUUCUGGGCGACCGAGAUGGACAUCACCAUGAUCGGGCUUCAGAAUGCAGGGAAGACCUCUCUUCUGCGGGUUCUGGCGGGCGGCGAGUUCACAAUCGACUCCAUACCUACCGUCGGCUUCAACAUGAAGCGAGUCCAAAAGGGCCAUGUCACACUGAAAUGCUGGGAUCUGGGAGGCCAGCCGCGGUUCCGCUCGAUGUGGGAGAGGUACUGUCGGGGCGUGAACGCCAUAGUGUUCAUUGUCGACUCAGUAGACAGCGCGGCUCUGCCCGUGGCGAAAGAGGAGCUGCACAAUCUCUUGCAGAAGCCGGUGCUUGAUGGCAUUCCACUACUCGUGCUCGGGAACAAGUCGGAUUUGGAGGGCAGCAUAUCAGUCGAUGAGUUGAUCGAGGCGCUCGACUUGACGGCCAUAUCCCAUCGCGAAGUCAGCUGCUACAGGAUCAGUGCGAAGGAGGAGACGAAUCUCGAUGCGGUGCUGCAGUGGCUGGUCGCCCGGUCGAGUAAGUAG